AUGGGAUCAUCUAGUGAUGAAAAAGGAUUGGUCAGUAGGAAUGAACGAUCUGCACAAUGUUUGGUAGACAAUGUAACUAUAUCCGAACGUGAUAAUGAACAGUCAGCCCAGCUUUUGGAAGAUAUUACAAUGAUAUCAGGAAACCAAGAUAGGGCUAUCAUCGAAGAACCUCAUCAUUCAAAUAGUUUCAGUUCCAAGCAUUCAAACUCAUCAAGUAGUUCUUCAUCUGCUAGUGAGAGUGACACUUCAUCUUCCUCUGAGGAUUGUGAAGAUUUAAUCAACGACAAAUUGUAUACACCAGAAAGUGAUGAUUCUGAGGAAGAUAGCGGUAAAGAAAACAAUGGAGUUAAUCAAAAAGACAAUGACACAUUACAUUUAGAUACCACCAAUAAACCUUCUACACCUAACCAAGAUAUCCCAAUUUUAACAAGCCCAGCCGAUAAAGGAGUGAAACAUAGCAGUCGUUCGUUGGCCGACAUCCAUAGAGAUUAUGUUUCAAAAUGCAGAGAAAAAAAUGAGCCAUAUGGAAGUUAUGCUAUAUUCCAACGUGUAUUCACGAAUGAAUUCAAUAUUUCCUUCUUCGUGCCAAAGAAAGAUCUAUGUGAAACCUGUGUGGCAUACGAAAACGCUACAAAUGAAGAGAAACAACAUUUGAAGGAUAAGUAUGACUUACAUCUGACUGAAAAAAAAUUAUCAAGGGAAGAAAAGAAACUAGAUAAAGAAAAUAUUAAGUCCAAUGGUAUUGUUGCAGUAUAUGACCUCCAGGCGGUUAUGCCAAUACCAAAAGGAGAUGUUUCUGUGUUUUUCUGCAAAUCGAAGCUCAACGUUUUAAACUUCACGAUUUAUGAUUUGCAGACAAAUAACUGUGAAUGUUACGUAUGGGAUGAAUCUAAUGGUCAUCGAGGAGUGAACGAAUUAGGUAGUUGUGUGCAGAAAUAUUUACAAAAAAAAGCCACCAUCACUGAUUGUGAAGUUAUUUUUUAUUCCGAUAAUUGUCUGGGGCAGCAAAAAAAUAAGUUUAUCAUUCACAAAUUCCUUAUAAAGGGCCAUACGCAAAACGAGGGCGACUCCGCUCAUUCUCUUAUCGAAAGACAGGUAAAACGACAAUUGAGAGGGGGACCCAUGUAUACACCAGAUGCUUUCAUUGCUGCUAUCCGGACAGCAAAGAAAAAAGGAACACCUUUUACUGUAAACGAAAUGUGCUAUGAGGAUUUUUAUGACCUGAAGCAACUUGCUUCCGACAUUGGACCCCUCACUAUGACACAUUUGAAACUUACUGAAGUUAAAGUGAUGAAAGUUGUGCUAGAAUCUCCUGUAUCGGUAUAUUACAAGAACUCAUACAAUGAUGAGUUUCAGGAGGCUAAAAUAAUAACUAAAAAAAAAUAA